UAAGUAAAUAUCCCCAAACAGAUGAUACUAGAAUUUUAAAAUAUUGAGCAAAUUUCAUAACAAAAAAUACUCAAAAAUCAUAUCCACUCCUACUGCUUCAAUUAUUUAUUAUGCAGCAUAUAAUUUCUAUUGAUGAUUCCUAAAUGCCCACCUUUAUCCUAAAUAUCUCAAAUUUCAGUGACAAAAUUGACAAAGAUCUAGCUUCAAAUUCUAGCACGUCCAAAAUUAGUUGUCUCUUGAGUCCUGCCCUUCAUAGUAACAAUCCCUGGCCACUUUCUGUUCAUUCCUACUGCUCUGAAAACUUGUAUAGCAGACAGAACAAUUGGUUUGAAGUAAAAUUUGGAUUUGAACUCUGUCACCACUUACUAGCUAUGUGACUUUGGGCAAAUUGUCCAACCUUUAUUUAUGACCCUUAAUUCCCCCAAUUGAAAAAAUGGGAAUAUUCCUCAUUGAAUUGUUUGAUAGUUUCUUAGAUGCCUCACGUGCUAUAUGCAUAAAAGAUAUUUUCUUUUUUUUCUUAUUCUUGAAAUAGUUUGGUGUACUAGUGAUAUGCUGGAAAGAACCCUGGCCAAGGGGGUAGAUUCCAGUUCUGAAACUAAUACUAACCUGGUGACAGCAGGCAAAGGCAUUUAAAUUUCCCCUAUGCACACUACAUAAACUUUCAGUAUGCACUAGUUUCUGAGAAAAGUGCUUUGUAGCCUUAAGGCAAAGUAGAAAUGUUAAUUAUUUAAAAAUCAUAUCUGGCAGCUUUAAUCUUUUGGGAAGGAAAGGAAUGUACGGCUGGGAAAUGAUUCCAUUUGUCUAAACAAACUUUCUUGGCUACCAACAUUUCCACUUGGACUUGCCAUACUAAUAGUAUUAACAAAUUCACAUUUAUAUAACACAACAGCACCUUUUACAAAUAUUGUUUCGUCUGAUCAUUACAACAACCCUGAGAGGUAGGUAUAAUUAUUAACCCCAUUUCAUAGACAAGAAAACUGAAGCAGAUGGCAAAAUAACAUCCAAGGUCACAGUGUUAGUAAUUAACUGAAACUGGAUUUGAACUCAAGUCUGCAAGACUCCAGGAACAGCGUCCUAUUCAUUGAACCACCAGGCUUCCUUUGUUGUGUUCAUUUUACAGAUCAGUAAUACUGAGGAACAAAAAAAGCACAGAAUCUCCCAGAGAUCCCUAAAUCCACUCCAGAGAACGUGAAUUGUCUUCCCCGCUGCUGCGUCAAUCAGCGCCAGCGCAGAGCGCAGGCGCUCCUCGGCUUGCGGGGGUCACGUGAAGGGCAAAUAUGGCGGCGCCCAGCAGAGGCCCGCCCACGUUGCUGUAAACGCUGCAGAGGAGGCUACCCUUGCGACUUCUAUGCUGUGGGCUUGGAGCCCUACCAGGCCUCAAGAUGGAACAUAAUCAAGAAGAUACAGAGAGAAGAUUAAGUAUCAAUGAAAUCAUAGCCAGAAGAGUGAAACAACUUCCACAAGGGGAUCAGAAUUUAUUUAUGACCGGAUCAGCUUAUGUUGGACUAAAUGCUGCUUUUUGUGGCCUAAUAGCAAAUAGUUUUUUUAGACGCGUUUUAAAUGUGACACAUGCUCGAAUAGCAUCAGCUUUACCAAUGGCUGUUCUCCCAUUUUUGUCAACCCACAUAACUUACCAGAAUGCUGUAAGUUUACCUUUGAGUUCAGAAAACAAAGAGUUUUAUUUUCUAGGUAAUCUAAGCUGUGAACUCUGUACUCUCUUAAGAGGCGGACUGACUGGUAUGAUAAUCGGAGGUAUCUACCCUGUUGUUUUGGCCAUACCAAUAAAUGGUGCUCUGGCAGCCAGGUACAACUCAGCUCCAUUACCACAGAGAGGAAAUAUUUGGACCUACUGGAUUACAGUCUCUCAACCUAUCUUUAAAAAGAUGGUCUUUCCCAUAAUGCUGCAGACUGUGUUUGCAGCGUACGUUGGUUCAAGACAGUAUGGAGUACUCAUAAAAGCACUUGAAUUACCUGAAACUGGCAUUUAAUUUCAGGAUGUUCACAAUAAUGAAAUCAAGUACACAGCUAAAGGAAGAAAAUAACAUUACGUAAAACUAAGAUACUAAUAACCAACAAAUAUGAAAAUAAAAUUGUACUUAUUACAA